AUGGCGACGCCCGGACAAGAGGACGACAAGUCCAUGGCGUUUGACUUGCUCGGAGAUGAGUCGAGCGACUCCCGAGAACGAGACACCUCGUUUGCCCGUGGCCUCUCGCGGAGCUUCAGGAGGGUGACGCCGCCGGUGAAGGAGCGCCUCCUGCGUGUCAUCAAUGACGAGCUUUCGAGCCUGGCCGCGGAGGCGGACGGAGUCAGCGAGAAAGUCAAGAAAAUCAUCAACCGACAACGGCAGCGGCUCGACUCCCUCAUCGAAGAAACCUCCAAGGCACCUCGCAGGCUUCAGUCCAAGAUCACCGCCCCCUUGGACAAGCACCGUCGGCAGUUUCACGGAAAGAUUCGAAAGGCGGUGACUGGCGACCCUUUGAAGAGUGUGAGGCUGCACCUGGAGGAGAAGAGGAGCAAGCCGUUCGUGAUGCGCAUGCUGGACAAGGCGGCCUUCACCGUUGGGGUGCUCACGAUGAUCGUGAGCGAGUACGUGCUGCUACUGAUGCCGGAACGGUUCUGGCUGUGGUACUCGGUGAUGGUCCCGGUGCUGCUGCUCAUGCGGUAUCCGGACUACCGGCAGCGAAAGUGGCUCUUCUUCUACUACGACUUCUGCUACUACGUUCAGUUCUGGUGUAUGGUAGCCAUCUUCGUGAUGCCGCACAGCUGCCGCCUUCUCAAGUCCAUCUUCAUAUUCGUGAUGGGGUCUCUCCUGUGGGCGGUGCCGCUCUGGAGGAACAGCCUGGUUUUCCAUGACGUGGACAAGAUGACGUCGUGCUUCAUCCACCUGUUCCCGAGCUGGCUCGCUCUGACCCUGCGGUGGUAUCCCCUUGACCCCAUGCGAGGGGGCACCGCCGGCGCUGAGCCGGAGUGCCAGGAUGGUUUCGACAUGGGAGACGUGGGGACGGCCAUGGGCAUGUACCUGGCGUGGCAAGUGCUAUACUUUUUCAAGACCGAGAUCGCGGAUAAGCCCAAGCUUGACGCGGACCCCGAGAUACAGACGAGCUUGCGGUGGCUCACCACGAGCCCCUCCAACCCGAUGCACAAGAUCGUCCUCGCCCUGAUGCGGAAGACCGGCAUGUUUAAGGAGGACGAAACCUUCGACCCGACGACCUUCAAGACGAAGAUGAUCUUCAUGGGCUCGCAGCUGGUCUUCACGGUGCUGGUCUCCCUGCCGACGCCGUUCCUCUACAACUCUAAGUGGGCGUCCAUUUCGCUGGCGUUCUUCGUUUUCCUCUGCGCGUUGUGGAACAGCUCCAACUACUACAUCGAGGUCUUCUCUAGGAGGUACUGGCAGUCCAUGGAGGCGGAGUCGGCGGCGAAGGCCGAGGCCCUGGUCGUGAAGGCCACCAGGCAGAGGGAGCGCGAGCGCCUGCGCAGCGGCGAGGACGGUAUCGCGGCGGGAGGGCAGAUGCUGUCAGCCUCCAGCGGAGGCAGCGGGGAGGACCUGGCCGACGACGACUACGAAGACGGCGAAGACUGGGAAGAGGAAGCCGAUGCUGCGCCAGCCGCGGAUGAGGAGGAGGAGGAGGAGGCGGAGGCGGUGGGGGAUAUGGACGGGUUGUUCGGGGGUGAGGUGGGGGCGGCUGCCGACGAGAACCCUGGGCAAGAGAAGUCGAAGGACGUGUAGCGAGAAGGAGGAGGAGGGUAAAACUAUCAAUCACCACGGGGCCUUGGGGAAGCUUCAGCCCUUGUCUGGGUUGCGGUUGUUCUGCGGGGUUUUUGCGGAGCUGAAGAUUCGAUGAAAUCGAGGUCGUUUUCGGCUGCAUGAACCGGGUGCUGUUCCGUGUCUUGUAGAUGCCGUGGGACUACUGAGAAGGUCUUACUACCGUAUGCAACCCGCGUGUUGAGCGCCACGUGGGAGUCCACCACGGUAUUUUAGAUUAUUUUGCAAGCUGUGGCGGCAAGUCUGGUUUCACGUUGAAUGCGGGUUUCAUAGUGUACAGGGGAAUACGAGUUUUUGUGUACCAGUAGAAAAUGGCCACAUGUUAGGCCGCGUGACACGGUCGUUGGAGUUGGCCUGCCCCUCUGUAAAUAUAGCGCAGGACCCUCAAAUGCCGUCAGUCGGUGUUUUCUACGUACACACGCGCGGGAGAUGCCUGCGCUUGUGUCAAGGAGCUUCGCCCUUGACCUCCUCAACAGCGGUGCUGGUUUUGUGUUGACAGGGUAUUUUGGUCGAAAAUGCUUUUGGUCGACCAAUACUGAAGCAUCUAAGGUUUUUACUUGUUUCCAGCUCUUUCGGCUGCGGGACGCAUCCUACGUAGCGGCAAUCGCGCCACAAAUAGAAAUGAAGGGCCUGGUUAUUUUUAUCUCAGUAUGUCGGGUACGUAAAGUCAUGUGCACUGCUGUACUCAAUGAAGCACGGACUAUCCUGUAGUAUCAUCGACUGCCUAUAACGAUCUUUG